AAAGAAGUUCUGAUUUUUUCCGAACAUGUCCUAAUCCAGAAGAGCAGUGCGUUGAUUCGUGGUCGUAGUAAUAUCUACUGUAUUUAUCUGCUCGUCUCCGCUGGGACAGAGGAGCGAACAGGGUGAAGACAAAGAGACGGAGAACAAAGAAGUGGGCGUGGCGUCGGCCCACCCGUCGCCCCGAGGACCAAUCACCUCCCUGGUAUGCAAAUGCACUCGCAGCGCCGCAUCGUCCCUGCCCAGGCGGUGACGUCAUCCGCGCAUCCCUCUGUCUGGCUCCGCAAGGACUCAGACAGAAGCAGCAGACCGGAGGGAAGCGGAGGGAGGGGAAGGAACAUUAUUACUCGGAGUAACACGUUUCUCAGCGCAGCAGCCCGGAUUGGGACAAAGGGUGGAUGCGUCGUGCUGCUCCUUCUGCACACUGAGCACUUCUCUCCGAGCACCGCAGCCCUCCUCAUCCCUCCUUUCUUCCUUCCUUCAUCGUCAUCGUUUCCUUCUCCUUCCAACCGGCCGCAAAGCCGCGACGAUGCCCAGCUCGGUGUUCGCCGACAGCAGCGUCCAGGGAGACGCGCUGGACGAGCAGAGAGCGCUGCAGAUUGCCCUGGACCAGCUCUCCCUGCUCGGCUUGGACAACGACGAAAACCUGUACGACAGCCACGAGCCCCGCAAAAAGAGCGUCAACAUGACCGAGUGCGUCCCGGUUCCCAGCUCCGAGCACGUCGCGGAGAUUGUGGGCAGACAAGGUUGUAAGAUUAAAGCCCUGCGAGCAAAGACCAACACCUACAUAAAGACCCCGGUCCGAGGCGAGGAGCCGGUCUUCGUGGUGACUGGCCGCAGGGAGGACGUGGCCAUGGCCCGGAGGGAGAUCAUCUCUGCUGCAGAGCACUUUUCCAUGAUCAGAGCCUCCAGAAACAAAAACACCAGCCUGAACGGAAGUGCCCCCCCGGCCCCGGGCCCCCCCAACCUCCCAGGGCAGACCACCAUCCAGGUGCGGGUGCCUUACCGGGUGGUGGGGCUGGUCGUCGGCCCCAAGGGGGCCACCAUCAAGCGCAUCCAGCAGCAGACCCACACCUACAUCGUCACCCCGAGCCGGGACAAGGAGCCGGUGUUCGAGGUGACGGGGAUGCCGGAGAACGUGGACCGAGCGCGCGAAGAGAUCGAAGCCCACAUCGCCAUGAGGACGGGAGGCUUAAUCGAACUCCACGAUGAAAACGACUUCCACGCCAACGGGACAGAUGUGGGCUUUGAUCUGCAUGGACACGCCACCCUGUGGUCCAAGCCCGGCGCCGGCGUCACGCCCACCUCGGCCCGCAAGCCCUUCUCCAACUACCGCAACGACUCGUCCUCCUCCCUGGGCAGCGCCUCCACAGACUCGUACUUUGGAAACAGCGGCUCACGCAUCGCUGACUACAGUCCACCCAGCCCUGCGCUCAGCUACACCAACAACAACAACAACACCACCACCACCACCAACAACAACAACAACAACAACAACAACAACAACAACAUCACUUCAAACACCUUUGUUUACGGGAGUGACGUGAUUUCACCCGACUGCACCGACCUGACCUUUGAGUCUUCACCUCCGGGCCUGGUGUGGAGUCCGUCCGCUGGAGGGAGUCCGCCCACGUUCUCCACCAACGGGCUUGUGAUGAGCCAGGGGCGGGUCAGUGGUUGCACUCCACAGCUCAGGCUGUCGCCCCCCCUGCACGGGCACGGCCCCGCGGAGCACCCGCUGGCCCGGAGGGUGCGCAGCGACCCGGGGGGAGGCCCGCUCACUUUGGAUGGGUUCCCCAGCGCCAUCAGCUCCUUGCCGGGCCCCCACCUCCCCGGGGCGCCCUGCGACUCCUCGUCCUCGUCCUCGUCUUCCUCCUCCUCCACCUCAUCAGGCACCAGCCGGAAGGGAAGCCGCGACUGCUCCGUGUGCUUCGAGAGCGAGGUCAUCGCAGCUUUGGUCCCGUGCGGCCACAACCUCUUCUGUAUGGAAUGUGCCAAUCGCAUCUGCGAGAGGAGCGAGCCCAAAUGCCCCGUCUGCCACGCCGGCGUCACUCAGGCUAUACGUAUAUUUUCAUAAGAACUGGGUAAGCGCGGCGGGGGAGAGGCUGCAGUAUCCAGAGGAAGGACGGACUCUGCUUGGGCUUAAUAAUAUACUGUAGCUUGGGGAAUAUUUUCAACAUCUACGUGCAUGUUUUAAAUAUUACAGCAUAGUAACCAGUAGUUGUAGUCGAUCACAACCCAUAUUUAUGACGUGGUGGCGGAGGAACGUGGGACUGAGCAGGCUGAACCUCAGUGAAUGUAGUGAUGGAGGCGUCGGCCCAGAGAGAUACUGCAGCUCCACAGGUGGAACAUGAACAGGUUUAAGGUUUGAAACCUGUUAAUACACAUGGAAGUAUUUUAUUCUUUUGUGACUUGAAAGAUUAUAUUUCCUAUUGCAAAUAUGUUUACAGAUCUUUUAAUUUAAGUUGAGCUGGGUUGUUUAUUUUGUAUCGAUCACUGUAUUAUUUGAGGAUGAGUCAGGAGUUUUAUAGGUUCAGCAAAAAAAACCUCUUUUAAUCUGCUUCACCCAGCAUCUUUUUUAUUCUGUAAAAUGAAGCAUAUUUUAUUCUAUAUUAUUAUGAAACAUUGAAAUUUACAAAACUUAGUAAGUUGAACACAAGGAUACAUUUAUGCUUUCUAAAAUUUGUAUGAAUUAGAUUCCAGUGGGAUUUACAGGCUUCUGUUGCACCACUAUAGUUUGGUAUUUCUAUUUUAAUACAUUUGUUUACCACUUGUUUAUGUAUAUGUAGGUGAAGUUACUUGAGUGUAAUUGUACUUUAUUGAGCAAAGUUUAAGGACAAAGUAUAUUUUAUUUUAUUUUAUGAUAAAGGGCCUUUAACCCCGUGGCCAAAUACUAAUAUUAUAUUUGCUGAGAUAAGAUUUGAAAAUGUAUCAAGAGUUUUAUUUUUGUGACAUUUAAAGAAGUAAAACUUAAGUAAUGGUGCUACUUCAUGUUUUUUUAAGUAUUUCUAUAUAAGUCCAAAUAAAAAAUAACACAUUGA